AUGGAAUCGAAUCAAAUCGAACAACAGAAGCAGCAAAUCUCACAAUUGGAGGCUCAAGUCGCAUCGCUCAAGGCGCAAUUGGAGGAUGCGCUGACGACUGCAGGAGCGCAGGGAGGCCGCAGGAAGAAGAUCGAGGAGAUGUCUGCUGAGGUGAUCGAUUCCAACCCCUACAGCCGGCUCAUGGCCCUCAAGAGGAUGGGCAUCGUCGAGAACUAUGCCCGCAUUCGCGAUUUCAGCGUGAUCGUGGUCGGCAUGGGUGGUGUGGGCAGCGUUGCCGCCGAAAUGCUGACCCGCUGCGGCAUUGGCAAGCUUAUCAUGUUCGAUUACGACAAGGUCGAGAUCGCCAACAUGAACAGGCGGGCAUGA